CAUUUUAGUCCGGCACAGUACAGUGGUUGCACGCACCACCGGUGUGUCAUAUAAGUAUCUACGUAUACAGUAUACUGAUCAAUGCGCGAGCUACCUAGCUAGCUGUGCCCUGUAUGUAAGCUGAUCAAUCCACCUCACGCGAUCCCGCGAGCCGAUGCGCUCUGCCGCGCGAUCCAUCCACGCCCUCGCCGGCGCCGAAGUAUCUACCUAGCUGCGCAGCGCCGCCAUGUCCGGCGAGCUCUCCACGCUCUCGUCGCCCUCGUUCGCCGCCUCGCCCUCCCCGGCCGACGACGCGCGGUCAGCAGGAGAGUCGACCCCGCUGCAGGUCGAGGCCGAGGCCGGCAGCAGGUCCGGCGGCAGUGGCAGCACCGGCGUGAAGCUCCGGCGGCGGUGGCAGCGGCGGCGGCAGCAGCUGGGGCAGUGGCAGUGGCGCGUCGGGGACACGUGGGCGCUGGACCCGCGCGCGCGGUGGGUGCGGGAGUGGAACCGCGCCUACCUGCUGGCCUGCGCGGCGGGGCUCAUGGUGGACCCUCUCUUCCUGUACGCCGUGUCGGUGAGCGGCCCGCUCAUGUGCGUCUUCCUCGACGGCUGGCUCGCCGCCGCGGUCACCGCGCUGCGCUGCAUGGUGGACGCCCUGCACGCGUGGAACUUCCUCACGCAGCUCCGCGUCGCGCGCGCCGCGGCCACGGCGGUUGCGCGGGGCCGGCGAGGGAUCGCGGACGAGGAGCAGGCCGACGUCGACGCCGCGGCCGCGCGAAGCCUGCCGGCGUACGCGAGGUCCAGGAAAGGAAUGGCGCUCGACUUCUUCGUCAUCCUCCCCGUGAUGCAGGUGGUGGUUUGGGUGGCGGCGCCGGCGAUGAUCCGCGCGGGGUCGACGACGGCAGUGAUGACGGUGCUGCUGGUGGCGUUCCUGCUGGAGUACCUGCCCAAGAUCUACCACUCCGUCUCCUUCCUCCGGCGGACGCAGGACCAGUCGGGCCACAUCUUCGGCACCAUCUGGUGGGGCAUCGUGCUCAACCUCAUGGCCUACUUCGUCGCCGCCCACGCGGUGGGCGCGUGCUGGUACCUGCUCGGGGUGCAGAGGGCCACCAAGUGCCUCAAGGAGCAGUGCUCCAUCUCCGGGCCGCCGGGGUGCGCGUCGGGGCCGCUGGCGUGCCCCGCCCCUCUCUACUACGGUGGCGCCGGCGCCGCGGCGUCCGUCGCCGGCGACAGGCUCGCGUGGGCCACGGACGCCACGGCCAGGAGCGUGUGCCUCGCCAGCGGCGACAAGUACCAGUUCGGCGCCUACAAGUGGACGGUGAUGCUGGUGGCCAACACGAGCCGGCUGGAGAAGAUGCUGCUCCCCAUCUUCUGGGGCCUCAUGACGCUGAGCACGUUCGGGAACCUGGAGAGCACGACUGAGUGGCUGGAGAUCGUGUUCAACAUCGUGACCAUCACUGGGGGGCUCAUCCUGGUCACCAUGCUCAUCGGCAACAUCAAGGUGUUCCUGAACGCGACCACGUCCAAGAAGCAGGCCAUGCACACGCGGCUGCGGAGCCUGGAGUGGUGGAUGAAGCGCAAGGAGCUGCCGCAGAGCUACCGGCACCGGGUGCGGCAGUUCGAGCGGCAGCGGUGGGCGGCCACCCGCGGCGUGGACGAGUGCCAGAUCGUGCGCGACCUCCCCGAGGCCCUCCGCCGCGACAUCAAGUACCACCUCUGCCUCGACCUCGUCCGCCAGGUGCCCCUCUUCCAGCACAUGGACGACCUCGUCCUCGAGAACAUGUGCGACCGCGUCCGCUCCCUCAUCUACCCCAAGGGCGAGACCAUCGUGCGGGAGGGUGACCCGGUGCAGCGGAUGGUGUUCAUCGUGCGGGGGCACCUGGAGUGCAGGCAGGAGCUGCGGAACGGGGCGACGAGCUGCUGCAUGCUGGGGCCGGGCAACUUCACGGGGGACGAGCUGCUGUCGUGGUGCCUGCGGCGGCCGUUCGUGGGGCGGCUGCCGGCGUCGUCGGCGACGCUGGUGACGCUGGAGAGCACGGAGGUGUUCGGGCUGGAGGCGGCGGACGUCAAGUACGUGACGCAGCACUUCCGCUACACCUUCACCAACGAGCGGGUGCGGCGGAGCGCGCGCUACUACUCGCCCGGCUGGCGCACCUGGGCCGCCGUCGCCGUGCAGCUGGCGUGGCGCCGCUACAAGCACCGCAAGACGCUCGAGUCGCUCUCCUUCAUCCGCCCGCGCCGCCCGCUGUCGCGCUGCUCGUCGCUCGGCGAGGAGAAGCUCCGGCUCUACACCGCCAUCCUCGCCUCGCCCAAGCCCAACCAGGACGACGACUUCUCCUUCUAGUAGUUCUGGCAUGCCCGUGAAUACGUAGUUUAUGAAGGAAAUAAGCUCUCGUACCGAUAAUUAAAAUUAGCAGUGAAAUAUGGAACAUCAAAGUCGUUGUAGUAUAGUGGUAAGUAUUCCCGCCUGUCACGCGGGUGACCCGGGUUCGAUCCCCGGCAACGGCGCUCCUUUUUUUUUGUUUCCCAUUUCGUGCAAUUUUAGAAUCCCCCCUUCUUUGUUUC